CCCUGGCUGUCUCCCUGGACCUGGUCCAGCUGAGAGCUCAGCUUUCCACCAAAGCUGCUCAGUUCUCCAGGGCUGCAGCCUCCUGCAACAUCUGCAGGGGAAGUCUCCUCCUCCUGCUCAAGGAGCCCCUCUCCUUCGGUGGAGACAGACGACAGAAAGCGGAGAUCCAGCCGUGGAGAACUAUGCAUCAGAUCCAAACAUAACUGACUAGAGAAGUUCAGGGACAUAUAAGCCUUCGGUUUGCUCAGGGGUCCAUACUUGGUGCUUAGAAAAACUCAAAAUGAGGAAGCAUCGGCACUCGCCUUUGCUGGCCAUCUUUUGCCUCUUUCUCUCAGGCCUUUCCUUGACUUGUGCCCAACAACAACAAGCAGAUGUCAAAAAUGGUGCCACGGCCGAUAUAAUAUUUCUAGUGGAUUCCUCUUGGAGCAUUGGAAAGGAACAUUUCCAACUUGUUCGAGAGUUUCUCUAUGAUGUUAUAAAAUCUUUAGCGGUGGGAGAAAAUGAUUUCCAUUUUGCUCUGGUCCAGUUCAACGGAAACCCACAUACCGAGUUCCGGUUAAAUACCUAUCGCACUAAACAAGAAGUCCUUUCCCAUAUUUCCAACAUGUCUUACCUUGGGGGACGCAAUCAGACUGGAAAAGGAUUAGAGUACGUAAUACAAAAUCACCUGACAGAGGCUGCUGGAAGCCGGGCCAGUGAUGGAGUCCCCCAGGUUAUCGUAGUUCUAACCUAUGGACCCUUGGAGGACAGCCUUGCUCUGCCCUCAGGCGAACUUAAGUCCGCUGAUGUUAACGUGUUUGCAAUCGGAGUUGAGGAUGCAGAUGAAGGAGCGUUAAAAGAAAUAGCAAGUGAACCACUCAAUAAGCAUGUUUUCAACCUAGAGAAUUUUACCUCACUUCAUGACAUAGUAGGAAACUUAGUGUCCUGUGUUCACUCAUCCCUGACUCCAGAAAGGUCUGGAGUCACAGAAACCCUUAAAGACAUCACAGCACAAGACUCUGCUGACAUUAUUUUCCUUAUUGAUGGAUCAAACAACACCGGAAGUAUCAAUUUCGCAAUCAUUCGAGACUUCCUUGUAAAUCUCCUUGAGAGACUCUCAGUUGGAGCUCAGCAGAUUCGAGUGGGGGUGGUCCAGUUUAGCGAUGAGCCCAGAACUGUGUUCUCCUUGAACACCCACUCCACCAAGGCCCAGGUUCUGGACGCGGUGAAAGCCCUCAGCUUCACCGGUGGGGAGCUGGCCAAUGUUGGCUCUGCCCUUGAGUUUGUGGCUGAGCAUCACUUCACCCGGGCGGGGGGCAGCCGAGUGGAGGAAGGGGUUCCCCAGGUGCUGGUCCUUGUAAGUGCCGGGCCUUCCAGUGACGAGAUCCGCGACGGGGUGGUAGCACUGAAGGGGGCUAGCGUGUUCUCGUUUGGCCUCGGAGCCCAGGCCGCCUCCAGGGCAGAGCUUCAGCACGUAGCUACCGAUGACAACCUGGUGUUCACUGUCCCGGAAUUCCGUAGCUUUGGGGACCUCCAGGAACAAUUACUGCCGUACCUUGUUGGCGUGGCCCAAAGGCACAUUGUCUUGCAACCCCCAACCAUUGUCACACAAGUCAUCGAAGUCAACAAGAGGGACAUAGUCUUCCUGGUAGAUGGCUCAUCGGCCCUGGGACCAGCCAACUUCAACGCAAUCCGCGAGUUCAUUGCCAAAAUCAUCCAGAGGCUGGAGAUCGGACAGGACCUGAUCCAAGUGGCAGUGGCUCAGUAUGCAGAUACCGUGAAGCCCGAGUUUUAUUUCAACAGCUACCCAAGCAAAAAGGAAGCCACGGCGGCCGUGCGGAGAAUGAAGGCCCUGGACGGCCCGGCCCGCUACACGGGCUCCGCGCUAGACUUCGUCCGGAACAACCUGUUCACGAGCGCGGCCGGCUACCGGGCUGCGGAGGGCGUCCCGAAGCUUCUGGUGCUGCUCACAGGUGGUAAGUCCGGAGACGAAAUCGGCCAGCCCGCCCAGGAGCUGAAGAGAAGCAGCAUCAUGGCCUUCUCGGUCGGGAACAAGGAGGCUGACCGGGCUGAGCUGGAAGAGAUCGCAUUUGAUUCCUCCCUGGUGUUCAUCCCCGCCGAGUUCCGGGCCAUGCCCUUGCAAGGCUUGCUGCCCGGCCUGCUGGGGCCGCUGAGGACCCUCUCCGGGACCACAGAAGUUCGUGCAAACAAAAGAGAUAUCAUCUUUCUUUUGGAUGGAUCGUCCAACGUUGGAAAAACCAAUUUCCCUUAUGUGCGUGACUUUGCUGUGAACCUAGUUAGCAGCCUUGAUGUUGGAAAUGACAAUAUUCGUGUCGGUUUAGUGCAAUUUAGUGACACUCCCGUCACGGAGUUCUCUCUAAACACAUAUGAGACCAAGGCAGAUUUGCUCGCUCACCUGAGGCAGUUGCAGCUCCAGGGGGGGUCGGGCCUGAACACGGGCGCGGCCCUGGGCUUUGUCCAUGCCAACCACUUCACGGAAGCCGGCGGAAGCAGGAUCCGUGAACACGUGCCACAGCUCCUGCUCCUGCUCACGGCCGGGCAGGCUGAUGACUCCUAUUUGCAAGCUGCCAAUGCCCUAGCGCGGGCGGGCGUCCUGACCUUUUGUGUGGGAGCUAGCCAGGCGAAUAAAGCAGAGCUCGAGCAGAUUGCUUUUAACCCGAGCUUGGUGUACCUCAUGGAUGAUUUCAGCUCCCUGCCGGCUUUGCCUCAGCAGCUGAUUCAGCCCCUAACCACAUAUGUUAGUGGAGGUGUGGAGGAAGUCCCACUCGCCCAGCCAGAGAGCAAGCGAGACAUUCUCUUUCUCUUCGAUGGCUCGUCCAAUGCCAUGGGCCAGAUAGCUGCCAUCCGAGACUUUCUCCAUAAGGUUAUCGAUGAGCUCGACGUGAAACCCGACGGAACCCGGAUCGCCUUGGCCCAGUACAGCGAUGAUGUCAGGGUGGAGUCCCGUUUCAAUGAGCACCAGAAUAAGCCUGAAAUCCUGAGUCUAGUGAAGAGGAUGAAGCUCAAGACGGGCAAGGCCCUCAACCUGGGGUAUGCUCUGGACUACGCGCAGCGGUACAUCUUCGUUAAGUCGGCCGGGAGCCGGAUCGAGGAUGGAGUGCUGCAGUUCCUGGUGCUGCUGGUUGCAGGGAGGUCGUCUGACAGCGUGGACGGGCCGGCUGGCAACCUGAAGCAGACUGGGGUGGUACCGUUCAUAAUCCAAGCCAAGAACGCAGACCCCACGGAACUGGAGCUGAUCGUUCCGUCCCCCGCCUUUAUCCUGGCUGCGGAGUCGCUUCCCAAGAUGGGAGACCUCCAACCACAGAUAGUGAAUCUCUUAAAAUCGGUGCAGAAUGGGGCACCAACACCAGUUUCAGCCGAAAAGGACGUGGUGUUUCUGAUCGAUGGCUCUGACGGCGUCAGAAGCGGCUUCACUGUACUGAAAGAGUUUGUCCAGCGAGUGGUGGAGAGCUUGGACGUGGGCCCAGACCGGGUGCGCGUGGCCGUGGUGCAGUACAGCGACCGGACCCGGCCGGAGUUCUACCUGAAUUCGUACAUGGACCAGCAGGGUGUCGUCAACGCCAUUCGCCAGCUCACCUUGCUGGGAGGGCCAGUCCCCAACACCGGGGCUGCCCUGGAUUUCGUCCUGAGGAAUAUCCUCAUUGCCUCCGCGGGCAGCAGGAUGGCAGAAGGCACCCCCCAGCUGGUGAUCAUCCUCACAGCGGACAGGUCUGGGGACGAUGUGCGGGGCCCCUCGGUGGUCCUCAAGAGGGGCGGGGCAGUGCCCAUCGGCAUCGGCAUUGGGAAUGCCGACAUCACCGAGAUGCAGACCAUCUCCUACAUCCCGGACUACGCCGUGGCCAUCCCCACCUUCCGACAGCUGGCGACCGUCCAACAGGUCGUCUCCGAGAGAGUGACCCGGCUCAGCCGGGAAGAGUUGAGCAGGUUGCAGCCAGUUUUGAUCCUUCCCACGAGUCCAGAUGUUGGUGGCAAGAAGGAUGUGGUCUUUCUCAUCGAUGGAUCCCAAAGAGCUGCGCCAGAGUUUCAGUACAUCCGCACUCUCAUUGAAAGGCUGGUGGAAUCCCUGGACGUGGGCUUCGACACGACCCGGGUAGCAGUGAUCCAGUUCAGUGAGGACCCCAAGGUGGAAUUUCUCCUGAAUGUUCAUACCAGCAAGGAGGAAGUGCAGAAUGCAGUGAGGAGCCUGAGGCCCAAAGGUGGGAGGCAAGUCAACAUUGGGGGAGCCCUGGAGUACGUGUCCAAGAAUAUCUUCAAGAGGCCACUGGGGAGCCGGAUUGAAGAGGGUGUCCCUCAGUUCCUGGUCCUCAUCAUCUCUGGGAGAUCUGAUGAUGAGGUUGAUGAUUCAGCAGUGGAGCUCAAGCAGUACGGGGUAGCGCCUUUUACCAUCGCAAGGAAUGUAGACCAGGAGGAGCUGGUGAAGAUCUCUCUCAGCCCUGAAUAUGUGUUCUCGGUGAGCACCUUCAGGGAGCUGCCCAGCCUGGAGCAGAAAUUGCUGACGCCUAUCACAACCCUGACCUCAGAGCAAAUACAGCGAAUCCUGGCUAGCACUCGCUAUCCUCCUCCAGCUGUUGAGAGUGAUGCUGCAGACAUUGUCUUUCUAAUUGAUAGCUCUGACGGCAUUAGGUCUGAUGAUAUUGCACACAUCCGAGAUUUUGUUGGCAGGAUUGUCCAAAGACUCAACAUCGGCCCUAGUAAAGUGAGGAUUGGUGUUGUGCAGUUCAGCAAUGAUGUCUUCCCAGAAUUCUUCCUGAAGACCUACAAAUCCAAGCCCGCUGUGCUUGAUGCCUUACGUCGCCUGAGGUUAAAAGGAGGCUCUCCGCUGAACACUGGCAAAGCUCUGGAAUUCGUGGCAAGAAAUCUCUUUGUUAAGUCUGCUGGAAGCAGGAUAGAAGAUGGGGUGCCCCAACAUCUAGUCCUGUUUCUUGGUGGAAACUCCCAGGAUGACGUUUCCAGGUUUUCACAGGUGAUCGGCUCCUCUGGGAUCAUAAGCUUAGGGAUAGGAGACCAAGAUGUUGACCUGACCGAGCUGCAGACCAUCACCAACAACCCCACAUUGGCCUUGACUGUGCAAGAAUUUUCACAGCUUCCCAACAUAGAAAACAGAGUCUUGUACUCAUUUGAACCCUCUGGAGCCACCCCUGCACCUCCAGGAGUGGACACACCUCCUUCUUCACGGCCAGAGAAAAAGAAAGCAGACAUUGUGUUCCUGUUGGAUGGCUCCAUCAAUUUCAGGAGGGACAAUUUCCAAGAAGUGCUCCGUUUUGUGUCCGGAAUUGUAGACACGGUUUACGAAGCAGGGGACUCCAUCCAAGUGGGGCUGGUCCAGUACAACACGGACCCCACCGACGAAUUCUUCCUCAAGGACUUCACCACCAAGCGGGAGAUUAUAGACGCCAUCAACAAAGUGGUCUACAAAGGGGGGCGACAUGCCAACACCAAGGUGGGCCUCCAGCACCUGCGGCUCAAUCACUUCGUGCCCGAGGCAGGCAGCCGGCUGGAUCAGAGGGUGCCUCAGAUCGCCUUCGUGAUCACGGGAGGGAAGUCGGUCGAGGACGCCCAGGAGAUGAGCCUGGCGCUCACCCAGAGAGGUGUCAAGGUGUUCGCGGUUGGCGUGAGAAACAUUGACUCAGAGGAGGUUGGGAAGAUGGCGUCCAACAGCGCUACGGCGUUCCGCGUGGGGAAUGUCCAGGAGCUGUCGGAAUUGAGCGAGCAAGUGUUGGAAACUUUGCACGAUGCGAUGCAUGAGACUUUAUGCCCUGGUGUGACUGAUGUUUCUAAAGUCUGUAAUCUGGAUGUGAUUCUGGGAUUUGAUGGUUCGACAAACCAGAAUGUAUUUGUGAGCCAGAAAGGGCUUGAGUCCAGGGUGGAUGACAUCUUGAAUAGAAUCAGCCAGAUGCAGAGGAUUAGCUGCACUGGCAGCCAGGCACCCACCGUGCGGGUGUCGAUCGCGGCCAACACUCCCACUGGGCCCGUGGAGGCCUUUGACUUUGAUGAGUACCGGCCAGAGCUGUUUGAGAAAUUCCGGAACAUGCGCAACCAGCACCCCUACGUCCUCACUGCGGACACGCUGAAGGUCUACCAGAACAAGUUCAGGCAAUCCUCGCCCAACAGCGUGAAGGUGGUCAUUCAUCUUACCGAUGGGGUGGAUGGAGAUAUGGCCAAUUUACAAAGAGCGUCUGAGGAGCUCCGCCAAGAAGGUGUCCAAGCGCUGAUCUUCGUGGGCCUGGAGCGUGUGGCCAACUUGGAGAGGGUGAUGCAGCUGGAGUUCGGACGAGGGUUCACGUACAACAGGCCCCUGAGUCUUAAUUUGCUGGAUUUAGAUUACGAACUAGCAGAGCAACUUGACAACAUCGCCGAGAAGGCUUGCUGUGGGGUUCCCUGCAAGUGCUCAGGACAGAGGGGAGACCGGGGGCUCAUCGGCAACAUCGGGCCAAAGGGCAUUUCUGGAGAAGACGGCUACCGAGGCUACCCUGGUGAUGAGGGUGGACCGGGUGAACGAGGCCCUCCUGGCGUGAACGGCACUCAAGGUUUCCAGGGCUGCCCCGGCCAGAGAGGGACCAAGGGCUCUCGCGGAUUCCCAGGAGAGAAGGGUGAAUUAGGAGAAAUCGGGCUGGACGGUCUUGACGGUGAAGAUGGAGACAAAGGAUUGGCUGGUUCUUCUGGAGAGAAAGGAAGUCCUGGAAGACGGGGUGACAAAGGACCCAAAGGAGACAGAGGAGAAAGGGGAGACGUUGGAAUCCGAGGCGACCCUGGUGAGUCGGGACGGGACAGCCAGCAAAGAGGACCCAAAGGAGAAGCCGGGGAAAUUGGCCCCAUGGGUCUCCCUGGGAGAGAUGGAGUAUCUGGAGGCCCUGGAGAAGCUGGGAAGGAUGGUGGCUUCGGCCGGAGGGGACCAGCAGGAGCUAAGGGCAACAGAGGAAAUCCAGGCCAGCCGGGCUUUGUGGGAGAACAGGGGACCAGGGGGUCACAGGGCGCCCCCGGCCCCACGGGUCCUCCAGGGCUGAUUGGUGAGCAAGGCAUCCCCGGGCCUCGGGGAAGCGGAGGCACGGCUGGUGCUCCAGGAGAACGCGGCAGGACUGGCCCCCUGGGAAGAAAGGGUGAUCCUGGAUUACCAGGACCAAAAGGAGGAGCCGGGAGCGGCGGCCCCCGUGGGGAGACGGGUGAUGACGGACGAGAUGGUGUGGGCAGCGAAGGACGAAAAGGCAAAAAAGGAGAAAGAGGGUUCCCUGGGUAUCCAGGACCAAAGGGCACCCCCGGUGAGCCAGGGGUAGACGGAGCACCGGGACCCAAAGGGAUCAGGGGCCGAAGGGGAAAUGCAGGACCUGCGGGGCCAGUUGGACAGAAGGGAGAUCCUGGCUACCCAGGACCAUCUGGCCACAAAGGGAACAGAGGCGACUCCGUCGAUCAAUGUGCCCUUGUCCAGAGCAUCAAGGACAAGUGCCCUUGCUGCUAUGGACCCCUGGAGUGUCCCGUCUUCCCGACGGAACUGGCCGUCGCUUUAGACACCUCCGAGGGGGUCACCCAAGAAACGUUUAGCAGGAUGAGAGACGUGCUCUUGAGCAUUGUCGGCGACCUGACCAUCGCUGAGAGCAACUGCCCCCGGGGGGCCCGCGUGGCCGUGGUCACCUACAACAACGAGGUCACCACGGAGGUCCGCUUUGCCGACUCCAAGAAGAAGUCCGCUCUCUUGGACAGGAUCAAGAACCUCCAGGUGGCUCUGACAUCCAAGCAGCCAAGUCUGGAGACCGCCAUGUCAUUUGUGGCCCGAAACACAUUCAAGCGAGUGAGGAAUGGAUUCCUGAUGAGGAAAGUGGCCAUUUUCUUCAGCAACAGGCCCACGAGAGCGUCCCCCCAGCUCAGAGAGGCUGUGCUAAAGCUUUCGGAUGCGGGGAUCAUGCCCCUGUUCCUCACGAGCCAGGAGGACCGGCAGCUCAUCAACGCUUUGCAGAUCAACAACACCGCGGUCGGACACGCGCUGGUCCUACCCGCCAGGGGAGACCUCACUGACUUCUUGAAGAAUGUCCUGACUUGUCACAUUUGCUUGGAUAUCUGCAACAUCGACCCGUCCUGUGGCUUUGGCAGCUGGAGGCCUGCUUUCCGGGACAGGAGGGCGGCGGGCAGUGACGUCGACAUCGACAUGGCCUUCAUCUUGGAUAGCUCAGAGUCCACCACACUCUUCCAGUUCAACGAGAUGAAGAAGUACAUGGGAUACCUGAUCAGACAGCUGGACCUGAGCCCAGACCCCAAGGCCUCCCAGCACUUUGCAAGGGUGGCAGCUGUGCAGCAGGCUCCCUAUGAGUCCGUGGGCAAUGCCAGCGAGCCGCCCGUGAAGGUGGAAUUCUCCCUGACCGACUAUGGCUCCAAGGAGAAGCUGGUGGAAUUCCUCAGCAGUGGAAUGAAGCAGCUGCAGGGAACCAGCGCCUUGGGCAGCGCCGUGGAAUACACGGUGGAGAACAUCUUCGAGAGCGCGCCCAACCCGCGGGACCUGAAGAUCGUGGUCCUGAUGCUGACGGGCGAGCUGCAGAAGCAGCAGCUGGAGGAGGCCCGGAGAGCCAUCCUGCAGGCCAAAUGCAGGGGCUACUUCUUCGUGAUUCUGGGCAUUGGCAGGAAGGUGAACGUCAAGGAGGUGUACAGCUUCGCCAGCGAGCCGAACGACGUCUUCUUCAAACUAGUGGAUAAGUCGUCGGAGCUCAACGAGGAGCCUCUGAUGCGCUUUGGGCGGCUGCUGCCUUCUUUUGUCAGCAGUGAAAAUGCUUUUUACUUGUCCCCAGAUAUUAGGAAGCAGUGUGAUUGGUUCCAAGGGGACCAACCAACAAAGAAUUCUGUGAAGUUUGGUCACAAACAAGUAAAUGUUCCGAAUAAUGCCACUUCCAAGCCUACACCCAAACCAGUGACCACGACGAAGCCAGUGACCACAACAAAGCCAGUGACCCCAACCACAAAACCAGUGACCACAACCACAAAACCAGUGACCAUAACCACAAAACCAGUGGUCAUCGUAAAUCAGCCAUCGGCGAAGCCUGCCGUCGCAAAGCUCGUGGCUGCCAAGCCUGAGGCCACCAAGCCCGAGGCCACCAAGACGGACACUGUCAAACCAGUGGCUGCGAAACCUGUGCCAGCGAAGCCUGUGGUGGCGAAGCCAGCAGCUGCAAAACCAGCCACCCCCGUGAAACCCUCCGCCACCAGGCCCGAGGCCACCAAGUCACAGGCAGCUAAACCGGCCGCCGUCAAGCCCGUAGUGAGGGGGCCCCGAGAGGUGCAGGUGUCUGACAUCACAGAGAACAGUGCCAAACUCCACUGGGAGAGACCCGAGCCCCCGAGUCCCUACUUCUACCAUCUCACCGUCACCUCGGCCCACGACCAGUCCCCGGUUCUGAAGCACAACCUCACGGGCACGGACCGCGUCAUCGGGGGGCUGCUCGCCGGGCAGACGUAUCACGUGGCGGUGGUCUGCUACCUGAGAUCCCAAGUCAGGGCCACCUACCAAGGAAGCUUCACUACAAAGAAAACUCAGCUUCCACCUCCACAACUAGCAAGAUCAGCUUCUAGUUCAACCAUCAAUCUAAUGGUGAACACCGAGCCUUUGGCUGGUCCUAUAACAGAUAUAUGUAAGCUUUCAAAAGAAGAAGGGACUUGCCGAGACUUUAUUUUGAAGUGGUACUAUGAUCCGGAGACCAAAAGCUGUGCAAGGUUCUGGUAUGGAGGCUGUGGUGGAAACAAAAACAGAUUUAAUUCACAGGAAGAAUGUGAACAGGUUUGCAUUUCCGGCUCAGUACUUGUCAACCCUGGAGUCAUCAGUGCGAUAGAAACCUAAGGACGGCUGCCAGCCACACAUACCUCUUAAAGAAGAAGGAGUCAGCCAUUCCCAACUCAUCCGUGUAGAACCCAGCAUACAUUACCUUGCACUGUACCAUUUCCUGCUUUGAUUGACACUCGAACUUGGGAGAUCUCCUGCUGCAUGACUUAUCAAUAUGGUGCUAAAUGUGUCUGUGGACCCCCCGCUGUUUGUCUCCAGGCAGUUAUAUUGUAUACUUGGAACGUUGUGUAAUCGUUAUCCACUGCUGGUGUUUAUGUGAACAUUUCUAUAAAUUCAGAUUCCCUCUGGAGUUUCGUUUCAUGCCUGUUUCAGGCAAAUGUAAGGUCUAGAAAGUAACCUGAAAUUCCACAGCUUCUCUCUGUGCUUUAGCUUGGCUCAUUUUCCUCCUUCUUGAUUAAGCACGGCGUUAGAUGAGCAGCCUGUGUAGGAUGGAUAAACAAAAAUCCAACUUCUUUUAUUUUUUUUCCAUUUCUUGGAUUAGAUUUCGAGCUAAUUUUCUGCUUUUAAAGCUUGUAACAUAUGAUCUAGUUAGAAGGAAGCAAAGUCUCUUAAUCUGUUUGCACUGUUGGGACCAAUGCCUUAAUUAAAGAAUUUUUAAAAAGCCGUAAUACCGAAUAUUUUUGGCAUUCCUCUAAUGUGUGUUGUUAUUUUGUUGGGGAGGGGGGUGUUUAAUUUUAAUUUUAAAAUUUUUAGGAAAUUUAUACAAAGAAACUUUUUAAUAAAGUAUAUUGAAAGUGUU